GGAAGGUGUUGGCAGCAAUUUUUGUGGCAGCCAUUCAGCGCAGUGCGUCCCGCGCUGUUCGCAACAGUGAAACCAACUUGUUAAACUUCAGGGGAUUUACCGGCAAAGCAAAUUAGGGCGGCAACCCCCACCCCAUGCAAAACGCAGGAAGGUCCCGUCUGCUGCACAACGCGCCUGCUGCACAAGCUGGUUAUUUUUGCACGUUAAAUGUCACAGACCGCUAAAGGCCGCGCUGCCUCCGCUUUGCCACCCUGACCCAGCCUGCUGCAGUCGCUCCCUUCCUGGCCUUGGAGCGCGGCUCCUGCAGAGGGCACUGCGAGGCGAAGCAAGGAGGGCAGCCCUUCCCUCUCCCCGGUCUCGGGGGCGGCGGCUUCGAGGGACGCCCGGCAGGGCCAGGAGGUCUGGGAGAAGCAGCCGCCGGGGCCGCCUCCUGCACCUUUCGUCUCGUCCGGUUGCUGGUCCAGCAAGGCAAAGGACAAUCCUGUGAUCCCCUUGAAACUAGCACUCAACUUGACUUUAUACCACACUUCUGCACCUUUCCAAAAAUGAUCGUGGAACAAACGGCAUCUUGCUGUCAUCACCAUGGAAAGUCAGCUGACUGGUAAUGUAGAGAAUCGAUCUCAAGCACCUUCAGGAUCCAGCCCACCAUCUUUCAUCACUUUACUGAAAGUACACAGAGAACUGCUGGUCAGCAGAAUCCGCAACACCCAGUGUUUGAUUGACAACUUGAUUAAGAAUGAAUAUUUAUCAACUGAGGAUGCAGAAAUUGUUGCCCAGUAUCCCACACAAGCAGACAAGGUCCGUAAAAUUUUGGAUCUAGCCCAGAGCAAAGGAGAGGAAGUUGCGGAGUAUUGCAUCUAUGUUCUGCAGCAAGUCGCUGAUGCAUAUUAUGAUCUUCAUCCAUGGUUGGAAGAGAUCGGGUUUCACCCUACAGAAGUCAUUAGUGAGAAACCUGUGGAAAAUACUGACCCAGUUAGUAGGUAUCACCAGAAACUUCGAGAUGAAUUGGGACGAGACACAAAGUUUAUCUCUUCAUAUGCCCAGAAGGAAGACAUGUUGCUUGAAGAAACAUAUUCUGCUAACGUUAUGGAACUGAUCAAUCACAACAAUGAGAAACUUGGUAGUGUGAAUGGCUUGGAAGACCUGCUUGAUGAUAACAUGGGUUUAAUUAAUAAGGAUGGUGAGACAGUCUAUGUCUUUGGUGAUGCAGGGAUUGGGAAAUCUAUGUUGCUCCAAAAGAUUCAGAAUCUGUGGUCUAAGAGCGAAUUCAGUGUAGAAGCCAAAUUUUUUUUCCGCUUCCGAUGCCGGAUGUUUAGUUGUUUUAAACAGGAUGAAGCUAUAUGUUUAAAAGACCUCCUGUUCAAAUACAACUGUUUUCCAGAUCAGGACCCGGAGGAGAUUUUUUACUUCAUCCUGAAGUUCCCUCACACAGUCCUGUUUACAUUUGAUGGCUUUGAUGAGAUUCAUUUUGACUUUGAUCUCAGCAGUGUGCCUGAGAAUUGCUCACCUAAUGAAUCUAUACACCCUCUUGCGUUGCUGGUGGGCCUCCUAAGUGGGAAACUUCUGAAAGGAUCUAAGAAAAUCCUGACAGCAAGGACUGGUACAGAAAUCCAUAAAAACAUAAUCAGGAAGAAGGUAUAUCUCCGAGGGUUUUCCAGCAGUAACUUGAAAGAGUAUACCAAAACGUUCUUCAAAGAUGAAGGAUGUCGGACUUUGGUUUUGAACCAGCUGGAAGCCAACCCCAAUAUGAGCAGUUUAUGUACAGUGCCUUUAUUUUGCUGGAUUAUCUUCAAAUGUUAUGAUCAUUUCUACUCUGCAUUUGACAACCAUGAGCUCCCUGACUGCAACGUUACUUUAACAGAUAUAUUCUUGCUCAUGACUGAAGUUCACUUGAAUCGAACACAGAAGACAGAGUUGUUGAAGAAGAAUAGCCGAAGCCAAGUGGAGACAUUUAAGUCCAAAAAAGACACUUUGUUUACACUGAGCAGAAUUGCACAUAUGGGGAUGGAGAAGUCUGUCUUUGUUUUUGACCAAGAGGAGAUCAACACCAGCCUGUGCGAGCAGGAUUUACACUUAGGAUUCCUCAGAGUUGUUCCUCGCUAUGGAGACUGUGGAGAUCAGUCUUCCUAUGAAUUCUUGCAUGUGACUUUGCAGUCCUUUUUCACAGCUUUGUUCCUAGUUACUGACGACAAACUGGGUGCCAAGGAUCUACUGAAGUUUUUUGCUGAAUGCUCAACUCCAGACACCGUCCUUCCAACUUGCUUUCCAAUCAGCUGGUUGAAUAAUUACCGUCCAACAGGAGAAGAUCCUUUCCGCAAUAACGAGCACUUUCAUUUUACCAACCUCUUCCUUUGUGGCUUGCUUUCCGAGGCCAGGCAGAAGCUCUUGAGGCAUUUGGUCUCACCAGCGUCUAUUAAGAAGAAAAGGAAGGUGCUGCUUACCUAUUUUUUUGAGAGCAUGAAGUCACACCUUAAAAGCCUCACCCGAGCAAGAAUAAAAGAAUACAAACAGGUUCAAGUUAUGCCCAAUUUUGUUUGGAUGCUGAGGUGUAUCUAUGAGACGCAGAAUGAGAAGGUGGGGAAGGUGGUUGCCAAGAGUAUGCGAGCAAACUACAUCAAGCUGACCUACUGCAAUGCCUAUUCUGCUGACUGCAGCGCCAUUUCCUUUGUCAUGCAUCACUUCCAGAGGCGCCUGGCUCUGGACCUGGAUAACAACAAUAUCAACGAUUAUGGGAUAAAGCAACUUCUGCCUUGCUUUAGCAGGUUGGCUGUGCUCAGGGUAAGCGUUAAUCAGAUCACAGAUCAAGGAAUAAGAGUACUUUAUGAUGAGCUGUCAAAGUACAAAAUCGUGACUUACCUGGGCUUGUAUAACAACCAGAUCACUGACAUUGGAGCCAAGUAUGUUGCAAGACUCAUUGAAGAAUGCCCAAGCCUCACAUACAUUAAAAUAGGAGCCAACAAAAUAACUACCGAGGGAGGAAAAAGCCUCGCUUAUGCCAUCCAGAAGAGUAAAACUAUGUAUGAAAUUGGAAUGUGGGGUAAUCAGAUUGGGGACGAAGGUGCAAAGGCGUUUGCAGAAGCACUGAAGAAUCACCCCACUUUAACAAAUGUCAGUCUUGCAUUCAGUGGUAUCACUACGGAAGGGGGCAAAUGUCUUGCAGAAGCAAUGAAGCACAACAGCACUGUGAAUAUAUUUUGGCUGACAAAGAACGAGUUGAAUGACGAAGCAGCUGAGGUUUUUGCCGAAAUGCUUAAGGUCAACAAGAAGUUGGGCCAUCUUUGGCUUAUCCAGAAUCAGAUCACUGCCAAAGGAGCCAAGUGCCUGGCUGAUGCUCUGCAGGACAAUACGGCCAUUAAAGAAGUCUGCUUAAAUGGAAACCUAAUAAGCCAAGAGGAAGCAAAAGCUUUUGAAAAUGAAAAAAGGAUCAUUUGCUUUUGAGAAAUUACUUUCCAGUUUGGAUACUUGCCUGUAUGUCAAGAGCUGUUGCCACUGCAAUUGAAGCCAGAACACCUACAGCAGUUCAAAUUGGAUGUGAGGCUAGAGUACGCUACAGUCAAUGUAAAAAAUGGAUAGAAAGCUUGUGAUAAGACUUCCUAGUGUUGUUCCUUUAGCAGUCUUGCAAAACUGGGCUGGAGUGUUUGCUCAUCUUUAAUUCUGGGUUUUUCUAAAUUAAAUCCCCUCCUUCUCAAAGCUGCUGUUGGGAUGGGGGUAUUGACCCAGAUCAUAGAUGGUUCAUAUAUCAUUUAAUCCAACUGUUUGAAGCCUGCAUUAUUCUGUGUGUUCUUGAAAAAACCACCACUCUUGCUUUUACAUCUUAAAGGGAACAUUAUCUUAGUUUGCACCCUACUUCUCCAGAAAAAGGUCUCUUUGUAAGUGGUCAAACAUGCAUCAUCUCUGUGUUCUUAAUAUAUUAGUGAUGUACAUAAAUGUAAAUAAGUCUGUCUAACUUUAUUUAUUAUGGAGGGAGUUUACAUGUGGAAGUGGAAGAUCCACACGCUAAUAGCUGGUAUUCAUCAAGUAGUUGACUAUUAUUGAUCAUCAGGUGACUUAUUUAUUGCUGUUGCUUCAAUUUGUCACCCUUUUUGAUUUGCAUUGUCAAAACCAAUGUACUGCAAAGAUGUGAGGCACAGUGGUACAGAUGGGAGAGUCAUUCCAUCUACAUGGGCAGCCACCUAAGUGGCCACACACAUUUGAACACAGGAACAGGGACUGGUGUGUUAGUCUGCCUGUUUUACAUGGGGACUGAGACUCUGUGCCAAAGUUCCUGGGGGGCGGGAUCAACAUUCCAAUGAACGUUCACAUUCAGAGGCAGUAAACCUCUAAACAUCAGUGCCAGGAGGCAGCAUUAGGGGGAUACCCCAGCCUCCAUGCCCUGUUAUUGGCCUUCCAUAAUAACUGGUUGGCUACUGUGUGAGACAGGAUGCUGGAUUAGAUGGACCAUUGUUCUAAGACAGCCAGCAUUGUAAUGGGGUUAAGAGCAGGUGAUUCUAAUCUGGAGAACUAGGUUUGAUUCUCCACUCCUCCACCUGAGUGGCGGAGGCUUAUCUGGUGGACCAGAUGUGUUUCCGCAUUCCUACAUUCCUGC